AUGGCCAUGGCAGCGCUGCGUGAGGCCUCCCGCCGCCUGGUGUCCACCAGGAACCCUGCCGUCGCCAUCGGCGUCACCGCUCCGCGCCCCCUGCUCCUCACGCACUCUCGCGGCAUCACACACAAGCUCUUCAUCGGAGGCCUAUCACAGUUUGCAACGGAAGACAGUCUAUCAGAAGCUUUUGCCCGUUAUGGCCAAGUAUUAGAAGCAACCAUUGUCACGGAUAAGAUGACGAGCCGAUCAAAAGGAUUCGGCUUUGUGAAAUUCGCCUCCGAGGAAGAAGCCAAUAAAGCACGUGAAGACAUGAACGGCAAGGUACUGAACGGGCGAGUUAUAUAUGUCGACAUUGCAAAGGCCAAACAGGACCGUGCUGCAGACGGUGUUCCAAUAGCGAGAGGUCCUCCAAAGCCAAUUGGCGACAACUGAUAAAUGGUGUGAUAUGUUCAUACUUCUAGUUUAUCUGCUACACUGCCACUAGUAUUAGUCCGGUCCGUUUCAGUAAUCCAUAAAGUAGAUUGCAAUGUUCUUAGAGAAAAGCUGACAUGUAAUACACAUUUUAUGUUCCGCAAGAACAGAGAAAGAGUUCAUUUAACAGCCCGGAUAUAUUGAUGUACAUGUAAUAUUAUGCUGAAUUUUGUGUUUUGCAACAAUCACAUUCAAUCGGAGAACGUACGUGUUCUUUUA